CACAAGAUUUUUCAAAGAAAACAAUGGUAGGGGGUGAGAAUAAAAUACACAUUAUCUCAACCAACCUGUCCUUUCAAACAGCAUUAAAAUAACAAACCACGACUAUAGAACAAAAUAAAAAAAAUACAUUAAUUAUUAGACUAUAGUCCAUAUAUGAAAGGUUCCUCCAAAGAAUUGGAUAAGUCAAAAACUUGAUGAAUCCUCACUUCACAUAUAUCCUAAAAAAUGGUACUACACAUGGUGACUCUAUUGAAGCUUCAUUUGCAACUAACAAAACCUGCAGUUGGUGUUUCAACUAGCAUCAUAUGUGUUCUAAAGUUGUUGAUGGGUUUUAGAUUCUUCAAAGAUGAAGCACUUUAUCAAUCAAGAUUGUUUCUUUUUAGAUUGAGUCAAAUAGCUUUUAAUAGUGAACCUCAAAUUUCCAACAUAGCUAGAAUGGAACGUGCUUUUAGAUUAAUCUUUCCAACACAUGUUGCAGUUACUCCUUCAAUUAAUUCAACUUCUUCACAAUCAGAAGAUCAGGAGUUGCAAAAUGAACGGGAGGAAAUGUUCUACUCACUUUCAAUGCUUGCACUUUGAUCAUGUAAUUAAUUAUCACUCACUUUGCUUAAUUAAUUUUUUUCCGUGCUA